UACCCGUGGAGCUGUGUUGGCAAUCUGCGCGCGGAGAUUUGGGCACUCUUCUGGUGCCCGGGGCUAGGCGAAUGGCUCAGGAUUGGGCGGGCUUCUCUGAGGAAGAGCUGAGGAGACUAAAGCAGAAUAAAGAUCCAUUUGAACCUCAGCGCCGUCUCCCUGUGAAGAAAAGUCGACAACAGCUUCAGCGAGAAAAAGCCCUUCUAGAGCAGAGCCAAAAGCUUGGCCUCCAAGAUGGGUCGGCCCCACUGCUUCCAGAGCAACUGCUCUCUGCACCCAAACAGAGAGCUAGCAGUCAGAAACCACGCCCUCCUUCCCCUUCGGCCCCCAGUCCCCUCACACCCACCUCUUCCUCUGGCGAUGGGAAGCUACCUGGUGUUGGAAGUCAGCCACAGGAAGCAGGACUUGAGAAUUCCCACCAUGGUCACAGAAGUGCUGAGGUUCGAGCUCCAAAGCCAGAUUGCAGAAUGGAGAAAAAGAAAAUGGAAUUGCAGGAGAAAUCUCGUUGGGAAGUCCUCCAACAAGAACAACGACUAAUGGAAGAGAAAAAUAAACGCAAGAAAGCCCUUUUGGCUCAAGCCAUUGCAGAAAGAUCUAAGAGGACCCAAGCAGAGACCAUAAAACUAAAGAGGAUCCAGAAGGAGUUGCAGGCCUUAGACGACAUGGUGUCAGCUGACAUUGGAAUCCUCAGGAACAGAAUUGACCAGGCCAGCCUCGAGUAUUCCUAUGCACGGAAGCGCUUUGACAGAGCUGAAGCUGAGUACAUUACGGCAAAACUAGAUUUACAGCGCAAAACUGAGACGAAAGAGCAGCUCACCGAACACCUCUGUACCAUCAUCCAGCAGAACGAGCUCCGGAAGGCCAAGAAGCUGGAGGAGCUGAUGCAGCAGCUGGACGUGCAGGCUGAUGAGGAGGCUUUGGAACUAGAGGUGGAGGUUGAUCAGUUGCUUCGAGAACAGGAAGCAGAGGCAGCCAAACAAAUGGCUUCUGCAGAGAGGCUGUGUCAGCCGGAUGGGGAGAGUGUGUCUUCAGAACUGGCUGAAGAAAACAAAGACCCUCAAAAGCACACUCCUUCCCCAGAGACAGACCAGCCAGGCAAAUGUUGCAGUAGCUCUCCCCAUAGACUAGACUGCCCAGAUCCAGGAGCCAAGAACUUUUCAGCUGCUGUGGCCACAUGAGCGGCCAGUGGUUUUUCAGUUAACAUAUCUCUGUGGUAAAUUAUAGCUUGUCCCUGAUAAAACUUCUUUAAACCCAUUUGUGUUUGAAUCAGUGCUUAGUGUUAGUAUGUUAGCAUGUCAGAUCAUUCCAAAGUCACAAGUUCCUAUCCAGGACAUUUCCUAUCCAGGGAGUGUUGACCCCUUGGAGUUGGGAUUCCUUCAAGCCUUGUCACUGAGUUAGAAUAGGUGACUCACAUGGUGGGAGUGCUCAGGGUCCUGCGUUUGACCUUCAACACUACAGACCAAGCAUGGUGGUAGAAGAAAAACUACAUGGCUUCUUAGCCCUUGGCCAAACUUAACUUGUGAGAGAACAUUGAGACUGUGUGGCCUUCUAUGUAGUCAUUAAAAAGACAAAAAAAUUGGUUAAAUUACCUAUCCGGAUGCUAACUAGAGUGAGUAGUCACAACUUGGAAAUCCCAGCUUAUGUAAGGAACUAGACAACCCAUUUAUUUUCCCUUUAAUUUGUCAGUAAAUGGUUUCUUGUUUACGCCUGAAUUUUGGUUAGUUGAUAUGUAUCCAUAAGCUGUGACUUUACCUUUACUGUCUUCUGUUUUCCUUAAUGAAUGGACAGGGAAACUUUAGACAAUGAAACUGUUUCUAAAGUGACUACGAAAAUGGCAAGUCUUAUUGAUUAUCCAACAAUGAUGUAUUCCCUCACUAAAGCUCUGUAACAUGGAUAUUUAUAUGUCAGGUAUUGCUUCUGCUGUCAUAAAGCAUUGAAAUCGUUAAAGCCCUCAUUUUCUAAUUGCUUUCAUAAUUUGUUAAUCGCCUGUUCCCAAAAACUUGACUGGUACAUUGUGCUAGAUUUGAAUGUAUAUAAAUGUUUUGUUUUGCCACAAAUAUACAAAUAUUACCUUAAAUUAUCAAUUUCUCAGAAAUCAUAAAAAAUGAAAAAUGUGUUUCACUCAUAAAAAAGGAGCUGUUUUUAAAGGAGAUAAAGACAGCUGUUUGCAUAAUACAUUGUAGAAAACUUAGGGAUGUCCUAUUUUUAAAUUAUUGUCUAAGACAUCUUCUGAUAGUAAGGAUGCUUUGUAUUUUUCUAUGACCUGAGCCACAAGUAUAAUUUUCCAUUACUGACUUCUAAACACAAGCAUUUAUUUACAUAGUGUUGUUUUUAUUUAUGAAUGAGACACCUAUAAAUGUAAAACCUCAUUGC